AUGUAUAUCCGGUUCAAUUGUUUUAAAAAUGCCAUUGAAUCAUGUCAUGAAUCUACUUUCAGGACGCCAAAUAGCCUAAGCGAAUUGAAGACUUAUACUCCUAAAACGGCCCUGAAUCCAACCCCAAAAGAAACGUUUCUUUACCAUUCUAAGAAAGCUCUUGGGGCCACAAGACCGGGUUUAGAGAAAUUAGGAGAACAUGAUGUUUUACUAAACUGUUUGAAAACAGAUUGGGAAUUACAUCGGCCAUUUCUGCAGAAAUCAGAUACGUUAGCACAAUUACUUGAAGGUGCGCCUCAAGAGGCAACAGAACAAUAUUAUAAACAACUACCAUCUGAAGUUGUAGAUGAUUUUAUUGGUAGUAGUCAUUUCUAUGACAAGAAUUAUCCAAAAGAAAUAAAUAAAUUGAACACCGAUAAAGAAUUUGAUGAUGAAGUGCCGCUAACUUCUUCAAACCCCUCUCAUUACUCUAAAAAACGCUGUAAUUCAGUGACUGUUAUAUCACUGGUUGUUCGAGAUGCGAUGGUAACCAGAAAAGCCUUGGCAUUAGCUCUAGGUAGCCUAUAUACAGAUGAUAUUACUAUAUCGGAGGACGACGCUGCCAGUGUUUUAGCAGCUGCUUCGGUACUAGGUUUUAAACAGUUAAUUGAUCGCUGUAAAGAGAUUAUUUUGAGAAGUAUUAAUUUUAGAACAGUUUGUAAAUACCACAGAGCUGCGUCACAGUACAAUGAAGAUCAACUGGUCGGGGCUUGUGAGAAAUGGUUAGAAUUAAACUUUAUACCACAAGUUGCUAUACAAAUACAGUUACGAGAAGUACCAAUGGAACUUAUACAAAAGAUUCUCAAAUCUAACAGGUUGUUUGUAUAUAAUGAAUAUAGUAUUUAUAGAGCUCUGGUUUAUUGGUUAUUCUUUCAACUAAACCCUGAUCUACAGUUGAUGCCAUCACAGAGCACUAUUAUAUCCUUCUUUAACAGUCUUCCUAAAACCUCGUGCAUUAUUGAAAGAGAAGAGGGCCAAAGUUAUGCCGCAUUAUUUUCGGCUAUUCGUCUUCAUGGCAUAACAGACACUAGUAAUAUACAAGAUAUGCAGAUGAUGAAUGUGGUUCCACAGAAAUGGUUGAUAGAUUUACUCUCUCAACAUUAUCAUUCGUUACAGGCAGGUGGAGAUAUGGCAUCUUUAAAGAGUUUCCAACAAGCUUCUGUAAGAUACGGAUUUAUUAUAGAUACAGAACCUCAUUAUCAUUCUGAAAUCAUUUCACUUCAUGGUUUUCACUUUGAAUUGAAGGCAGUGAAACAAGGAACGUCUAAGACUUACGUAGUUUAUUUGCAGAGGUUAAAACCUGGUGACCCUGUUCUGAGUUUUAGACAAUGUGAACGUCACACCUUCUCAAUGCGACCAGAGCGUACUGUUCGUUACAAUAUCUCCGUUAACUAUUACGAUAACUCCCACCAGUUACACGAAAUUAGUACCGGGGUAGUUUCCAAUAAAUUUGGUCUUGGCGAAAGAACAAGCAGAAGUGAGACACUGACUGUUGAAAACGCUGAAAAACCUCUCUACAUAUCUUUUGCUAUUCACUUCCCACCAUCUUAAGUUGUAGUCUGGUCAAAAGAGACAAUUGUAAUUUUACCUUUAUUUAAUAUCAAAGAAUGGAUAAAAUUUAUUGUAAAAAUGUUAAAAUACAUUUUUGUUUUCAACUGAAAGGGUUAAUAAUGAUGUAUAUUUAUUCAGUUUUAAUGGAUUUGUGAGUAAGCUAUGCUUUAAUAAGAACAAGAAGCCAAGUUGAAAAGACACAAUUCAUAUAAAGAGUACUUGGUAUCACUUUUCGUAUAUUGGAAAAGUUCACAUAGCCAGCAGUUUUUGUUGGGCGUUUCUAUGAAAACACACAUAGCAUUGUAUCUGUGAUAACCUUUUUUUUGGUGGCAUAAUCAAAAACUUUGUUUACAUUUUAUAUUUGUUGUUCUCUUUAAAUGCUUUACUUUAUAUUUAUAUGAUUUUAUUUACAAAUUUGCAUAUAUUUACUUCAAUUUUGUAUAAAAUAUGUUUUGUUUAUAACCAAAACAAUUUUAAAUAUUAUAUACCUGUGAAAAUCGGGAAUGCUUUUACGUUGUCUGUUUAGUAAUAUAUCUAAACUACAUUUUCACCCGAAAAGGCUUAAUUAAAAUUUGCAUAUUUAAGUAUUAUAACUACUGUUCUAGUGAUAAUCAACUAAACAAUAUAGUGAUUAGAAUUGUAUACGUUGUUGGAGAUCAGCCACUUUAAUGGUAGUGAGGCAGCUGGUAGGUUUGUUUAUAAAGUGUGAAGCCUAGUUCACAACCCGCCGUAUGUGCUACUACGGGCAGUCUACGUGGGAAAUUCUAGUAAACCCGUCCGUACGCGAGACUUUCGCGUCACGUGUGUGUGUGUUACUUCGGAACCGUAGAAGAUCGCAGCUGACCGUAGAGACUUUUGGUCCUGCAGAUACAAAAUUUUCACCUUGUUUCUUGCGGCUGGGUUGCGAGCUACCAAACCUUACGACCCGCAUGUAUCAAAACACGUACGACGGGCAGUGAGUUUGUCUUAACGUGUUUCUAUAGAUUUCGGCAGCUUAACAACUCAAAGAUAUUAUUAUAUAAACCCAAGAAACAGUCAAUGCUUUACUUACGUUUAACUUGUUUCAAUGGCAUUUAGUUAUACAGGUCACAAUUCUGUGGAAUACAAUUACUGCUUAUAACUGAGCGACGUUUCGACUAGGUUUACCUGUAUACUCACGUUUACUAUUUACACACUUAUUAGCAACCUGACAAGUUGUUCUCGUAUUUAGGUAUGUGUAAUAUAGGUUCAAUAUCAAGUCAUUUUGUAUAUCUAAGUUUCUACGAAUAAAUUUGUUAUUUUCA